AUGUUUUCUUUACUAAAGGCGUCUGUAGAUCUGUGUAUAUGUGUUCCAACAAUAUUGAGAAAAAUCUCAAACCCUCGGAAAGAAACUCGUGGAUACAAAACCAGAGCGGAAUAUUUAGAUCGUGAUCCCGCUGCCAGACUAGCCGGAUGGGAACAGGUCAGUACGCUGGAUGAUGAAGAAGUUUCACUAAGACGUGCUCAGUCAGUGUUUACGGGCGCUAAUGCAAGCAGCAAUACGACGCAAUCCCCACCCAAAUCAAUACCACAAGCAAUCUCAGUGGUACCCCCCACCCGACUACAGACAGCUAGAAAGUCCCCUCAUGAGGCGGAAAAACUCUCAUCAAACCAGAGUGCACGAAUUUGCUGCAGCGCGAAACGUGGCCCUGAAACACAUGAAUGGGUUCCCUUGAAAAAAAUUACAGAUGUUACAGCCCCAAUAUCCGCAAUUGCUCGCAUACCUAACGGAAGCAGCUACCUGCUGAAUGCAAUACCAGAAAAAGAUGAGUUUUCCGCCGUAGAAUGUGCAAGCGUUUUACGAAUUCCUAUUGUUGGGAGCAGACAUUCUGGGAAAACGUCACUUGUUCGGCAAUUUGUUCAUUGCGUUGACGUUGUCAAUCCAACCCCUACUUUAACCAGACCGGAAUAUUAUGAUCGGGUAAUCACAUUUAAUGACAGAUUAUUUAAUCUGAGGAUGAUCGACUGCCCCUCAAUUAUGGGUAGAUAUCCGACAACCUCAGCUGAGGAAUGGUCGCACUACCGGGGUUGGGGACUUCGAUCAGCCUCUGCAUUUGUGCUAGUCUUUGAUAUUACUUCAGACCAAUCUUUUCAAUACACACGACACCUACGUGAUCAGAUCGUAUCCGAACAUGCGGACAUUCCUGUGCUUCUGGUUGCUAACAAGAUUGAUAAGCUUCAUAUCACGGAACCGAACUCUUGUGCAACCCACUGUUCACCUCAAUCAACAGCACCCACAGCGUUGACGACUCUGGCAGGAACAGAUAGUCUGUCACGCCACACUAUUAGCAAUCUUCGUCGUGAAGUCGCGGCUCUGGUAAAGAAACAGUGGAAAGGUACGGUACUGGUGGAAUGCUCAGCCAGAUAUAACUGGCACGUUGUGACUGUGUUCAAGGAGUUGAUGAAAUUGCUGGAGACGAAAGAACAAUCGCACAAACCCACAGCAGCCAGAGCUGUUCAAAAUGUACUUCGGCGCAACCAGUGCUCAGUCAUGUGA